AUGAUUGGAGAACGGAACUUCUGCGAAAGUAAAACCAUGAAUACAGAAUGGAGGUUGGCAGGAAAUGACACCCUCGACCAAGCGUAUGCUGAUUCUAUUGUGGAGACAUUCGACGACCUUCACGUAGAAUUUGGAAAAACUCUAAACGAGAAAGAUGAGAAAAAAAAGGCUGAGUUGACUUUGCAGUUCCGAAAAGAAACACUACCAAGAUAUUUAGGCAAUUUGGAAAAAGCUUUGAACCGAAAUAAUGGAGGAACAGGCUAUUUCGUUGGCGAUUCUUUAACAUGGGCAGAUUUGCAGGCUUUCCAUAUAUUAGAUAUAACUCUGCGCGAUGAUGAUGAGAUCCUGAAGCAGUACCCCAAGCUGGAAGGCUUGAGACAGCGGAUUGGAAACUUGCCGCGCAUUUCAAGUUACCUACAGACCCGCCCUCAGAGUAAAGUAUAGAUCCAGGAGGUGAAAUCUCUAAACAAAAUGGAACGACAAUUUAGAAAGAAAGAAAUUUUCCUUUCAUGAUUUUUUUAAUUGCUCACUUACCAUGUCUUUUGUCCACCUCUCUCACCAUUUUAAUGAUAAUGUUCAUUAAAAACAGAUUAGCAUUAACACAUCAAUCUGUUUUACAUUAACCCUAACUUUAGUUUAAUGUAUAUUAUUAGGAAUUAAAUCUUAACAUCUCUUAAAUUAAACUUAAUUUAUUUUCAUUAUAGUCAAAAAGCUUUUCCCCCAGCCUUGUACUGUAAACUUUUGUGCUGAAAUUCUUGGCCUUUGUGUAUUACAAAACGAGCAUUUGUACUUGUGAUUAUGUACUUGAUGAGACAAUGUAAUCAAAUUAAACUUAAAACCUUAGCUGCAGCGAUGUGCUGUGAACCUUUUCGGUAUCAUAUGUUAAAUAUCUCCCCUGCAUUUUGAAAUUUUCUCUAAUUCCAUAUUUCUAUCAAUUUUGCGUCUAAAACAAAAAAAUCUCUAGCAUUGUACGAAACAGUAAAUUAGCAUUUUCAUUAUUUAACAUCUUUCAAAUUGAUUUCAAGUAUCAUAGGCUAUUUUAAUAUGACCGUUACUGGCAAAUCUGUAAUUAACUUACAUUGACUAUAUUUUGUUUUUAACAAACAGUAUAAGCACAACAAAUAUAAUCUCAAAACUAAUUUGGUGGGGUUUUCGCUAACUUUGUGAGAACGAUCUUUGCAUUAGUUUCCCAAUAAUACAAAACAAAUAUUGCAGUUGGGACUGUAUGUGUGUGAGUAUGUCUGGGUUUUGUUGGUUUUUCUAAAGAAUUAAAAAUUAUAAAUGUGAAAUGCAAGGCAGUAGUUUGAAUGGGAAUAUGAGUAAAUGUUUGUGUAUGAUUAACUCUAAAUGCGGAAUUAAAAUUGGUUAGUAACGGGUAGAUAUUUCAUGUAAGAACAUGCGGGGAACACUGCAGUAUUAGAUUAAGCAAUAGCGACAUUGAAAGACCUAAGGAAUAGAGGGACCUUUUUUUGUUUGAUAUGUGUACUUUUCCAUGCUGGCACGGGUUGGCGAAGUUUUCUGACCCAGUGUUUUAUGGUCAGAUGCCCUUUCUUCGCCAUCCUUUUUAGUUGCCUUUUACUACACGCAGGGGCGGGGUAUACCUAUUCUGUACCCGGAGUAUACAUGGUGUAAAUCAUGAGACGGAGUAAUUAUUUUAACACAUUCUUUAGGGCGAUACUCUCAUAUGAAUUUAACCGUAAUGGCUAAAUCCGACUAAAGGAUUCGUCAAUAAUCUGUUACCUUAAAAUGGUUGACUUCUCUUUAUUUUGUGAAAUUUUAAAAAGGUUUCAAGUUAGCGCAAUCUGAUAUAAUAGUUUCAAGUAUUAUUGUUUCAUUGAAAUAUAAAUAUCUUGCAAAACAUUAUUAUAAAAAAUUAUAUUUAUUUUGAAGAUAUAUGCCACCAUACUUUAUAUAUAUAUGUAUAUGUAUAUAUAUUACAUAUUUAUAUAUAUAUAUAAAUUUAGUGAUAAAGCUCAAUGUUGCAAAAGAUAUUAUAAACUUGUCUCGGUAGUGUAGCGAGGUGAAACUGAUAACAAAAAUGCAACCAAUAACUUAAUAAUAUAGCCAUCAUUUUUACCUUAUUUAUUGUUGAAAUCUGUCUGUGCGUAACAUUUCUGUUCUCUGGAGAUAAUUUUGUUGUGAAGAAGCAUAAUAAUAAUAAUAAAGAUAACAGUAAUGGCAAUUACAUUGUCACUUUAUAUUGUUGGGAUUUUACCCAUAAUAAUUCUCUUUCUCUUUUUCUCUCUCCAGAUAGCAUAAUGGAGGUUUUAUUUUUUACAUAUGUGUAAUAAAGCAUUUUCUCUUAUAUUUAUUCCUCAAUCAUCCUUCUAAGUAGUCACAUUUUAAUGUUUUAAAGUUGACUGAUCAAUUUUUAAAUAAAUAUAUAUAAUGAUU